AUGGCUGAUGCAAUUGUAAAGCGCUUGGAAGAUGUCGCCACUCGUUUGGAGACUUUGGCCAACUUGAAGCCAGCUUUGCCCCCAAAACCUUUGAAUGCUUCUGGAUCGAACAGUAAGUUUAUCUUUAUUUUUGUUUUUGAUGAUUUUAGUUGUGGUGAGCUCAUCUGACACUCCAAGUACUAUCAAGCAGUACGACGAUGAAGUCGGAGACGCAUUGAACGCUUUUACCAGCAUCUCCAAGAAUAUUGGUGGAGAUGUCGGUGUCAUGGUAUGAUUUCGCAUGUUCUUUAGUAUUUUUUAAAAGUAAACGGUACAUUAACAAAGUGUUUUUAGAGUUUAUGUGGAUAAAUUAAUUCAAAUUUACAUAUUUUAUACCAAAAGGCGUUUGUUUUCAACGUUUUAUUGAUAAUUAAAUUUUCAGAGCGACAAAGUGAAUGUAGUCUUCGAAUUGCUGAGGAACUACAUUUGGUACGCUGCCGGUCGAAAGCAAGGCAGCCAAGAAGAAGUUGGCCAGAAGAUGAAACCGAUUAUGAAGCUGGUGGAAGAGAUCGGAGAGUUGAAGGAGUCCAAGAGAAACACUCCUGCUUUCAAUCAUCUCUGUGCCGUAGCUGAUGGUAUUCCAGCUGUCGGAUGGGUUACGGUGGUAUGUCGUUUAGUAUCUUAUUUUGUUUUAAAAUGUUAGUUUUUAAUUUUGAUUUAAUAUCUUUGAAGAAUAGUAAUUUAAGAAGAUUUUCUUUCUAUACUCUACUUAUUUGUUUUUAUUUUGGCUUCUAUUUUCAAGUUUCAUCGUAUCAUUUCAGACACCAACUCCAGCUCCUUACGUUAAGGAAAUGAUCGAUGUGUCUAUGUUCUACGUUAACAGAGUCAAGACCGAAUACAAGAACAAAGAACCUAUUCACACCGAGUGGACCAAGGCAUGGGUUGAUCUUCUGACCAGUGUGCAAAAGUAUGUCAAGGCUCACCACACCACUGGACUCACCUGGAACUCUGCACCUGUAAGUUUAUUUUAAUGUUUGAUAUAUGGUAUUUCUGCACGACUAGAAUAUCGUUAGGCAUGGUUUAUUUAUGGCUUUGGACAAGAUUAUUUAUUUAUGAUUUUUUAAUGUCAAAUUUAAAUGAAUCUUGCAAAUUCAGGGAAAAUCUCCACCAGAAACCAAAGGUGGAGCGCUUCCACCUUCUUCUGGUGGUCCUCCUCCACCACCUCCGCCGCCACCUGCUGGUAAGUUACCUAAAAUAUGUUCAUAUACAGUAAUUCUAUAUUUUUAAUCUUGUUGUGCUGUAAUUUAAAGUUUUAAAAGGUUAAUUUCAAAAUAUUUUCUGAAUGACGAGUUUUUGCUUUUUACUAAUUGAUGAUUCAUUUCAACCGUGAUUUAUAUUCCAGGCUUCUUUGAUGAAAACAAACCGAAGGCUGGACCUUCCGGAGGCAAUGAUGCCCGUCAAGCUCUGUUUGCAGAGAUCAACAAGGGAGAAGCGAUCACUUCUGGUCUGAAGAAGGUGACUGAUGAUCAGAAAACUCACAAAAACCCUGCCAUUAGAGGAAAUGUAAGUAAAACUUUACUUAGGGUUAGUAAAGUGGAAAGCAAUGUUAAAAUAAUGACUAUUUUACAGACUGCCAUCCCAGCCAAGAUUGCUACUCCAGGAAGCAAGCCUGGAGCUGCUGCAAAGCCGGCUGUCGAGAAACCACCAAGAACUGAGUUGCGAGAAGGCAAAUUCUGGGAAGUCGUAAGUUUACUUGAUUGACUUUAAAUUUUGAUUACUAAAGGCUAAUUAUAAGGUUGUUUAUGUCCAAACUCACCUUACCUGACAGUAUUUGAAAUUUUUUUGUCAAAAUUCAAGUUUAAUCUUACAAUAUCUUGCAGGAGUACCACAAGAACAACAAGCAGAUUGUGAUUGAAGUGAAUGAUAUGAAGCAAGUUGUCUACAUCUUCAGGUGUGAAGGCUCAGUUGUCCAGAUCAAGGGGAAGUGCAAUUCUGUUACUAUCGACAACUGCAAGAAGACCAGUGUCGUAUUUGACAAUCUUUUGGCCCAAGUCGAGAUCAUCAACAGUCAAAGCGUCGAGGUUCAGUCGAUGGGAACUCUGCCGACCAUCUCCAUUCAGAAGACUGAUGGAUGUCAAGUGUACCUGUCGAAGGAGUCUGUUGGGGCGGAAGUUGUUACCUCAAAGUCCUCUGAAAUGAAUAUUCUGGUACCAGAUGGAGACGACUUUGUAAGUUAUGCAAGUUUAAGAGGAUUAGCAUGACUUAUUUGCAUUAAUCAGUUCAGUUUGGAUGAAAUAUACGUAUACGUAUCUUGUGCUACGUAAAUUUUUGCGUACAAAAACUGAACUGUACUUCUGCAGACACUUUUUAUGUUACAUCGUAAAGGUACGAUGUUUUAAUCUCCAAUGAUUUAAGGAGAUGGCUUUUAAUAGCCUUUGGACUUUAGGGUAAAAUGAAAUAAUCUGUUUUUGGUUAUUAUUUUAAUUAUAAACCUCGCAUAAUACAGUUUAUCUUAAAGCGACACGUUUAACCUGACUUUUACUAUGAUUUGUAAUAGUAUAUAUAAAAGUCGUAUAUUAAUAGGGUCGUAUCCCUACAAUACUUUUUUACUUUAUGAGGCAUUUACUUAUAUUACUGUUGCAGGUGGAGCUCCCGGUGCCCGAACAAUUCAAGACUACAUUCAAUCCGGCGACGAAGAAGCUGGUGACAGUGGUGUCGGACAUUGUUUAG